UAAUUAUAUGUAUAUAUGUACAUAUAUGCAUAGUGUUGGUAUAGUCAAAGUAUUGUCUUUUAUAUGCACACUUGCGUAUAAAAAAUUUACGAUAUAUAUAGUUUUGGACAUUUUACGUGUAAAUUUAAAAAAGUUAGCCAGCAAUGACCGACGAUUCCAAUGGGGAAUCCACGUUCGAAUUUGUUGAAAGGAAGACGGAUGAAUCUUCCGCAUCUGGAGAAAUCGUAAAGACAGAUUCUUUUAGCAGUUUAUCUUCGUCUACGUCUCUGCUAAUGCCGUUAGGCAUAUCAACAUCCACAGGAAAUUUGUUAUCGAAUCUAGCACCGCCUAUCGCGUUGCCAAGUUUUAUUUCCAAUUCGGGAGCCCUAUUAUCGGACAGAUCUCAUCAUUUGGAACCAUCUAUACAAAAGAAACAAGAACCCACUAAAUCAAUGUUAAAUACCGUUGUUCAGUCUAAGCCUCUGCAGCAAGAAACAUGUCAUGCGACUGCAGCUGCUACAGCGAUGGUAUCUGUGCAAAAUCUAGAAAGCACUGCACAAACGGAAAGCCCGGUGCAGGAUUCAGGAAUGGUUGGCGGUGGUUUACUAUCGUGGGUUAAAGAAACAGUAGUAAACAGUAAUGUCUUGAGCAAAGUUGCAGAGAAAGCAAAGAAUAGCGUUAACACUAUGAUUACAACAUUAGAUCCUCAGAUGCGUGAGUUCAUUUAUUCUGGCGGUGAUGUAGAAAUUGUAGUUGCUUCGGAUAAGGAUGUGAAAAUAAGUCCUGUGCGUCAAGCUUUCCAAACAGUAUUUGGAAAAGCAACGGUAACUGGUGUGCCAGUUGACAGUUUAGCUAUUGCUGCUCAACCAAUUGGUUUUGCUGCUGGAGUAAAAGGAGCAGAAGAGAGAAUUAAUUCUGCACGAAAUAUUCCAACCCUACCAAAAGAUAUGCCUAUAAUUGCUGUGGAAAAUUUUUUGAUAGAAGUCGGCGAGGAUAAGUGGUACGACUUGGGAGUAAUACUUCUCAAUGAUCCUAAACACAAUGUGAAUUUACAAACAUUCACUCAAAUGACACCAGUCCCGAGUCAAAUAGUAACAAUGGCACAAGAGGCUACACCUGAAGAUUAUCCUCUUAAAUGGUCUGGAUUAGCAGUUACCGUUGGUAGCUUAAUGGCAACCAAUUUACAGGUUUCUCACAACGAAUGGCAUCAUGCGCUUACCGGGGUUUCUAGAAGGGACACUAUCCUUUUAGCAGUUCAAUCGUUGGCUGGAAUCUACAAGAAUACAAUUAAUCCUGUGUAAAUUCUUAUAGAGGAAUAUGACGCAACGCAAUUUGUCGAUACAUUGCAUUUUUGUAAAUACAAUUUUACUUAUUUAUAAUAUACUUGAAAAAUGUAUCAAGA